AUGAAGUCCUUUGCGUGCAGAGAAGCUCCCCGCCUGCUGUCUCGUUCCAGCGCCGGACAAAGAGCACCAAUUGCGGCCUAUGCGACACGAUGGGAACACGGCCAGAGCAGAGGAUUCUGUGGGUCGCGGCCACGACUGGCGGUCAAACCGUACCUCCUGGCGGAUAUUGGAGAAGGUAUCACCGAGUGUCAGGUCAUACAAUGGUUCGUCAAGCCGGGCGCGCGGGUCGAGCAGUUCGAUCCCAUCUGCGAGGUGCAGUCAGACAAAGCUUCGGUUGAGAUCACGUCUCGAUUUGACGGUGUUAUCAAGAAGCUGUACUAUGAGCCAGACGAUAUGGCCAAAGUUGGAAAGCCUUUGGUAGACAUUGAUAUUCAAAGCGAUAUAUCGGCGGCCGACGAAGCUUUGCUGAACGGAGGGUCAGAAAAGGGGGCUGCGGAAGAGGCACCGAGGCCUGCUGAACCACAAGAGCAAGACCUGGAAGUCGGGAGGAACGACACCAAGGCUGUGGGCGGAGAGGUGCUGUCGACUGAACAAUCUCCCUCUCUACCAGCCGAACCCUCGACCGAACAGGCGAAGCCGCAACGACAGCCAGGGAAACAUGCAUCACUGGCAACACCUGCAGUGCGCGGCAUGCUCAAGGACCUCAAGCUGAACAUCGAGGACAUAGAGGGAACCGGCAGGGAAGGAAGAGUCCUGAAGGAAGACGUUCAGAGACACGCAGAGGCAGCGAAGCAAGCAGGAAGCUCCACAUCAACUCCAGCACCCCCGGCAGCAACAUCUUCGCAGCAAAUCGAAGACCGCGUACACAGCCUGACCCCGGUCCAGUCAGGCAUGUACAAGCAGAUGACCAAGUCUCUCUCUAUACCUCAUUUCCUCUAUACCGACAGCAUCGACUUCAGCUCCCUGACACAGCUGCGCAAGAAGUACAACGUCAACCGCGAGAAGAGAGAGCGCAUAACCCCACUUCCCAUCAUCAUCAAAGCCGUCUCCCUAGCCCUCCGGCAAUUCCCCCUCUUGAACGCACACCUCGACACAACGACCAACCCAGCAAAACCCCAACUGCUGAUCAAGGGCAGCCACAACAUCGGCGUCGCCGUCGACUCGCCCUCUGGCCUCCUCGUCCCUGUAAUCAAGAACGUGCAGAACCACAGCAUCGCGUCUCUAGCACAGGAGAUCUCGCGCCUCGCGGACCUCGCGCGCGCGGGCAAGCUUACUUUUGCAGACUUGUCCGGGGCCACGUUCACGCUGAGCAACAUUGGUAGCAUUGGCGGCGGGGCAGUGGCCCCGGUCAUUGUCACGCCGCAGGUGGGCAUUCUGGGGAUUGGGCGCGCCAAAGUGGUGCCUGCGUUUGGCGACAGUGGAGAGCUGGUCAGGAGGGAGGAGUGCGUGUUUAGCUGGAGUGCGGAUCAUCGGGUUAUUGACGGUGCGUAUGUUGCUAGGGCUGCUGAAGAGGUGCGGAAGUCGAUUGAAGGGGUGGAGAGCAUGUUGGUUAGGAUGAGGUAG